GCCACCAAAUCCAACGACACCACAACGACGAAGGGCUCGGAAAUCGACACGUCUCCAGGACGCGAAUAAUCAGUGAACACGUCUGAUUGCUUGCACAGUUGACAUUGUUGAGUAGCGGUGUCUACGUUACAGCACGCGCUAAGCCCAAAACGCGAAAACCAUUGCCUUGAGCGCGAACAGAAGGGAGGACUUUCGUCAGGGCAUUCGAUAUCUGUUUCGGCCAGCAUAUACCCCAUCAAAACGUUGAUUCUUAGUGUCAGCAAUCAUGGUCACCAAGGCCUGUAAGUGUGGGUCGACCGAUUUCGAGGAUGAUCAACAACAGGGUACCAGCUAUUGUAACAAGUGUGGUACCGUCAUCUCUGAGAAUGCGAUCGUUGCGGAGGUUAUGUUCGGAGAGUCGUCCUCUGGUGCGGCUAUGGUUCAGGGUUCGUUUUUGGGUGCCAAUGACACGCAUUUCCGUGGGAGUGGUCGUUUCAGGAAUAACAACAAAGAGCAGAACUUGGCAGCUCUGUUUGAUCGGGUGCAUCACAGGAUGAGCGCUGUCGCAUCUGCUAUGGGUAUCAGAGAAGGUGUCGUGAUUGAGGCGAUGAGGAUCUACAAGGUUGCACAUGCGCAGCAGUUUACGAAGGGUCGUCGAUCGCAGUUAGUUGUUUCGGCAUGUCUUUACCUUGCUUGUCGUAUGGUAAACUCCGACAAGAUGCUUAUCGACUUCUCUGAUCUGCUUCGCCUCAACGUUUUCGUUCUUGGUUCGGUCUUUUUGAAGCUUCUGAAGACGCUGCAUUGGGACAAGAACCAGGUUGAUGCGGCGAACCCGAACGGGAAGCAGUCUAACUUCUCCCUCAACGUCAUCGACCCGUCCAUCUACAUCCACCGUUUCGUUUCCCAACUUGAAUUUGGCACUGACACAACUAAGGUUGCCACUGAUGCCACUCGACUGGUCAAGCGUAUGGGGCGAGACUGGAUUCACCAAGGUCGUCGUCCGGCGGGUAUCUGUGGUGCGUGUAUUUUCAUGGCGGCAAAGAUGAACAACUACCGACGUUCCAUUCGUGAAAUCGUCCACAUCGUUAAAGUUGCAGACGUCACCAUCGAGCAACGUCUUCGCGAAUUCAAGGAGACCGCUUCAGCAAACUUGACGGUCGAAGAGUUCAGGAACGUUGAUAUUGAAAGUCAGCAUGACCCUCCAAGUUUCCUGAAGGACAAAAAGAAGAAGAGAAAGCGUUCACAGAAAAUGGGAGACGAAGAAGGGCUGAGGGAGAGAGGUAGCGAGGAGAGGAGCAUAUCCCCGGAGACCGAGCGCGAGCGCGGAGUUUCUGAGACGCCGGUGCCUGUCGCGAAGAAGGUUCGUCGUGGACGCGGCGAGUCCAGUGAAAAUGCCACUGGAGAGGAAAACGAGAACGCGCUUACCAAGGAGCUUGUUGGGUUGUUGGGUGGUAAGGAUAUGGAAGAUGCCAUCCGUGGUCUCAACGCAGAGGAAGCGCCGGCUCAAGAUGAGAACCUUUCGGACCUCGAAGGCCUUGACGACGAUGAUGAGAUUGCCGGCAACGUCCUUGAUGAGAAUAACCCUGCCCACAAGCAACUCAUCGAUUAUAAGACCCAAGUUUGGACGGCGAAUAACUUGGACUGGCUCAAAGCCCAGAAGGAGAAGCAGUUGCGUCGUGAAGCCGACGAAAAAGCCGGUGUUAAGAAGGCAAAAAGGAAGCCGAGGAAGAAGGAGCCACCUCGGGAUUCGAGCAAUGCUAUGGGAGCGAGUCCGGCGGAGAGUAUCAUCGAGAUGGCGAAGCAGAAGCCGGCCAUGAGUAAGAACAUUAAUUACAACGCGCUUCAGUCGUUGUUUUCGGUCGGCGAAGACGAUGAUUACGGCAUGUAAUAAUGUUGUUGAAAAGAGUUGUAGCGAGAAGAUGAGAAACGUGAGAAGGGUUAUUGUGAAGAUUAU